AUGUCUGCCAUUUACUACAGUGAUAGCUGGUAUCUGAAUGAAAAAAAAAAAGACUUGAUGCGGUUCUUGGUCACCAGAAAAAGUUUUGUAGAAAGUGGGCGGGAUGUGGACGUAGCCUCCACCACAGCUCAUGCCGUUUGGUGUGUUCAUUGGGUUACUGUCUUUGACAAUACCUAUUUCCUUUCAGACAAUGUUGCAGCAAAGGCAGUAACUGCCACAUGA